UACGCGAAAAAAAGAAAUGCAAGCGGUGUCGUGUACGUACGCGUCAUGACGUAGAGGAUGUGAGUGGCUGGAGUAGCCGUCCGAUUGCUUUGAAGACAAUCCACUAAACCCCACGACGCAAUGUAAUCGACUGAAAGGUGGCAGAUAUUUUUGGACAAGGAUCCGUUCAAUCUCGCUACUGCUUCGAGUCAUUUGGGUGCACGUUGAAACCUGCUUUGUUAGCCUAGCUAGUUUAGCAGCUAAAAAAGGGAAACAACCCGCCUGGGAUAAACACGUAGCCGAGCAAGCAAACAUCAAGUCCCAAAAUGUCAGAUGUCAGUCAAGCGCAUCGUCCUGAACGCCUGAAGUCUGCUCGCAUGGAGGUAGCUGAAGAGUCGCCAUACAUCAAAAAGCUGGAGGAAGAAUUUGUCCACAUUAAAGAGGAGCAGGAGGAGUACUUCAUUAGACUGCAGAACCCCCACAUUGAGGAGCAGCAGCAACCUCAACCCCUCAAAAAGGAGGAGGAGGACCCUCCAUAUGUUAAAGUUGAGGUGGUGGACAUCCCCAAGUGGACUAGUAAGCCCUUGAAGGGAGACGAUGGAGGUCCGAGUGAAGCCAGCAGAGGGACGGAGCCUCCGAAUGGCAGCAACAGCAGUUCAAAAGAAGGAUCCGAAGCAGACAACCUCAUCGCUGGACCAUCAGAGAGUGACGACUUCACAUCACACUCGCUGUUCUGUUUCAGAAGAUAUCUUGGUGCUGAGCUGCAGGAGCCAGAAUCUCCUGGCGUAAAAGAGGAUGUUGAGCUCCCCCAAAUCAAAGAGGAGCCAAAACCCUGUCAACAGAAGCAACUUCCAAUCAAAAAGGAGGAGGAGGAGGAGCUGCCAUGUGGCAAAGAGGAGGAGGAGCAUAUCACCAGGUGGACUGGUGAUCCCUUGAAGAGUGAAGAUGGUCUGAGUGAGGCCGGCAGAGGGGCGGAGCCUCCAAGUGGCAGCAGCUCAACAGAAGGAUUGCAAGCAGACAUUUUCAUCGCUCCAUCAGACAGAGAUGGCGCCACGUCACACUCACCUUACAAUGAUGAUGGUCAUAAGACAUCUCACCGUGACGACAAACUCUGUAAAUGCUCUCAGUGUGGGAAAACCUUUGCUAAUAAGUGUAAUUGUCGGAUGCAUAUGAGGAGCCACACUGGUGAAAAUCCUUUUUCCUGCUCUGUUUGUGGAAAAGGUUUUGCUUUGGUAGGAAACUUAAAACAACACACAAGAACCCACACUGGCGAAAAACCUUUUUCCUGCUCAGUUUGUGGAAAAUGUUUUGUUCAGUCGGGAUACUUAACAAAACACACAAAAACCCACACUGGUGAAAAAGCUUUUUCCUGCUCAGUUUGUGAUCGAAGAUUCGCUCGGAAGCAACAAUUACAACAACACAUAAGAGUACACACUGGCGAAAAACCUUUUUUCUGCCCAGUUUGUGAUCGUCGAUUUGCUCAGAAGCAACAGUUAAAAAUACACACAAGAACCCACACUGGCGAAAAACCUUUUUCCUGCUCAGUUUGUGGUCAUGGAUUCCGUCAACAGCAACACUUAAAAAGUCACGAAAGAACCCACACUGGCGAAAAACCUUUUUCCUGCCCAGUUUGUGAUAAAAGAUUCAGUGACAAGACCACCUUAAAAAAACACACAAGAACCCACACUGGCGAAAAACCUUUUCCAUGCUCAGUUUGUGGGCAAAGAUUCAGUCGAAAGUCCACCUUAAAACUACACACAAGAACCCACACUGGCGAAAAACCUUUUCCAUGCUCAGUUUGUGGGCAAAGAUUCAGUCGAAAGUCCACCUUAAAACUACACACAAGAAGCCACACUGGUGAAAACCCUUUUUCCUGCUCAGUUUGUGGAAAAUGUUUUGUUCAGUCGGGAUACUUAACAAAACACACAAAAACCCACACUGGUGAAAAAGCUUUUUCCUGCUCAGUUUGUGAUCGAAGAUUCACUCGGAAGCAACAAUUACAACAACACAUAAGAGCACACACUGGCGAAAAACCUUUUUUCUGCCCAGUUUGUGAUCGUCGAUUUGCUCAGAAGCAACAGUUAAAAAUACACACAAGAACCCACACUGGCGAAAAACCUUUUUCCUGCUCAGUUUGUGGUCAUGGAUUCUCUCAACAGCAAAACUUAAAAAGUCACGAAAGAACCCACACUGGCGAAAAACCUUUUUCCUGCCCGGUUUGUGAUAAAAGAUUCAGUGACAAGACCACCUUGAAAAAACACACAAGAACCCACACUGGCGAAAAACCUUUUCCAUGCUCAGUUUGUGGGCAAAGAUUCAGUCGAAAGUCCACCUUAAAACUACACACAAGAACCCACACUGGCGAAAAACCUUUUCCAUGCUCAGUUUGUGGGCAAAGAUUCAGUCGAAAGUCCACCUUAAAACUACACACAAGAACCCACACUGGUGAAAAACCCUUUUACUGCUCAGUUUGUGGUCAAAAAUUCACUCAGAAGAGCAGCUUAAAUCAACACACAAGAACCCACACUGGGGAAAAACCUUUUUCCUGUUCAGCUUGUGGUAAAAAAUCCGCUCACAAGUAUCGGAUUAAGAGACACGUGUGUAUUGGUGUGAGAAGCAGUGGCCAAUGACUGUUUUGCCUGUCAUUCAUGCUGCCUUCAUCAGAUUGUGCACACAGGUUAAUUGUAGUCUGUAGUUUCCUCAAAUCCUGUUGAGGCUCAAAUCCUGUUGAGGCAGUAUUGGUGCCUUACAUGUGCUUUGUCCAAUCCUUGUAUGAUGUGGAUCCACACUAUUAGGCAGUAUUGGUGCCUUACAUGUGCUUUGUCCAAUCCUUGUAUGAUGUGGAUCCACACUAUUGCCAAAAGUAUUUGCUCACCUGAUUUAACUCUCAAGUUGAGUGGCAUUAUUCAUACAAUACUCUCCCUCUUUCAAACUACACUUUUCACAGCUAAUAUUUGAAACGGUGGACCCCAAAUUACAAAAAUUCUAAAUCACUCAUCAAUAAUAUAACUACAUAAAUAGGGAAAACUAUGAUUGGCUCACAAAUAUUAGUUUUUUGGGGGAAGGAUGAUUACAUAUAAUUUAAAAAGUUACUAUUACUACUCUUGAUUGGCAGUGACAUAUUAAGACAGAGUAUUGGGGCCAAAUAAAGGGAGGGGGGAAAAAUGACUACGAGAUUAAAGUUGUACUCUAAUGACAAGAAAAAAAGUUGUAUUAUUAUGUAGGGGUAAUGUAGCUGAAUAAAGGGUUACGCACUUUAUGUACACGUAGCUUAGCUGGGAGCUCCGACAAAGCAUCAGUAAAAUCUUUCCAUUUAUUAUAAAUUUAUGCAGAUGAGCGAAAAGUUAACGGAUUUACUUAUUUUAGAAACUGAUUCUGAAACACAGCCUCAAGAGAUGAUUUCAUUAUUGAUGACUUUAGUGGAGGCGGCAUAGCGCUACAGAAAGUACGUGGCUGCUUAUUCAGCUACAUUACCCCUAUGUAACAGUACGACUUUUUUUCCUCGUAGUAACAGUAUGACAAUAAUCUCAUAGUCCUCGUCUUUAUUUUGCCCUUAUACUUUGUCGUACAAAUCGGACAUUGAUAAUUAAAAUUGUUUGAGCUUUUAAUCAUUCCAACCCCCGUCGAUGAAAAUCUCUCGACUCUGCUUCGAAUUUUAAAGUGCUUGUACUUCACUGUUCUUGUUAAUUAAACAUGGCAGUGACAUCUGCAUUUACGUUUUUUUUUUUUUUUUUUUUAACUUUUUUUAGUUGAACCCUUUAACACUUACCUUAACCUUUUUUUCCCCAAAUCUGCAUACCUUUGAUCUUGCCUUUAUAUUUCAAAGAAAAAAAAAUCAAAAUUGCCAGAUUGGGUCCUUUUUUUAGGACACCAUAACCUUCAUGUCCAAACUAUUGUUUUCAUCAACCAAUUCUAAUCAACAUUCUGGACCCAAAAGGACAAAAAAAAUCAAAACAUUUUUGUCAAAAUUUGUCAUUUUGAUGUCCCAUUGACAACCAAACAUGCUCGACGAAACGUUUUUAAGCGUGAUAUUUAUUCAACUUGUUAGGAUAAAACAUUCAACAGAAAAAAAUGAAGUUGAAUAGUUUUAUAUUUGAUAAUUCAACGAAAAUAGCAAGUAUGGUCAAACGCAAGAGUGCAAAAUAGUGGCUAUAUAUUAUACACAGUAUGUAAUUAUUAUAUAUUAAUAUAUAAACUACAAUAUUAAAUUUCUUAGAUACUUUUCCUUUCAAUGUGCAAAACAGGCCAUAAAAUGAAAACUAUAUUCAUUUUUUAGUCUUUGAUUCCUCCAAAGCCUUGGUAGAACUGCACUGGCAGUUCCAUUCUGGGUGGAGACACAGGCCCAUGCUGGCUCUCUCCGAUUUCGGUCUAUGACCACACUGGAAUCGCCACUGUCCUCUCCAGGACAUAGGUCAGGUAGAAGACGAGUACUUAUCUCAUUGUCAUUUCACAGCACAUAAACAGUAGCCUGGUACACCAGACUCAACGCUGUUCCAGCUAUUGAGUCUGGCCACCCUUCCCACGGAAACAAUUUCCAGGGCGGAGCAAGCCACAGCAUACAGACAGCGGAGUGGACCAAUCAGCGACGGGCAGACGUGACGUUAGUAAAAUGGCGACUUCAGGAUGACGGACUUGCGCGCGGAAGUAAACAUGAAGAGAGCGGAGUUUAUUCGACAUGGCUAGCGCGAGACAGAUUGUUGUCAGUGACUCGUGUCGAUGUGUUUUUGGUCAUUUAAAACUGAUUUUACCGUGGAUUGGAACAUAUUCUCGGCUCUGCCGUUCACCGUCUGUGUUGCUGAAGGGACGACUUUCGACGCGCAAGAGUGACGUUGCUCGUGAAGAACACGUCACGCAAAUAAACGAAUCUGAUUUGUCGAUUGAUUUUGUAUCUGCUCGAAAAGGCCGUCAAUGGGAUGGGUCCCAGACUAUUUCUCUCUGUUUGAAAAAUACAGGGAGAAUAGUCUGGCAGAGCCAGGCUACAUAAACAGUAUAUCUAUUCCUCAUCACAACACAAACUGUAGCAAAGUAGUAGCAGGGGUGAGAGUGGCUAGAAAUUUCUUGCCGGAACUCCCUGACAUUAAGGUCGCCACAGAGCCAAAAUCUUUUUUUUUUUUUCCUUGUUGGGGGUGUGGUCAAACCUCGGAAAACCAGAUAAAAUCAGAUAAAACAGCUUUUGGCACAGUUAUUCCUAUAACACACAUUUUCAUACAAAAUUGUAUUUUUUUUUCACUGGCUUACAAAAAUUAAAGUUAACAGAACAAGCAGUAAACCCAACCCCAAAUCUCCUAAUGUUUCCCCACACAUUUCCUAAAUUCAAAACCUCAAUUUUAACUACUUAAGAACAUUGGAUGUUCAUUAAAAUAGCGUACUGUACGUAACACGUCGGCUUUGCUCAUUAUUGUUCAUGAUGUUAGCAACUGUUGCUGGGGGGGGUCAUACAUGCAUUUGUCCCUCAUGCUAGAUGUUGCAUGUUUUUGUUGUUAUCCACUAUUUUACAAUAGUAUUGUUUCCUACAUACCCUUAUGAUAUUGGUCAGUUUAUUUUUGUAUUUUUUUUCUGCCUUUGUAGUUCUUUGUUUUAUGAAUCCUUUAUACAGUGUAUUUUUCUUCUUCCAAGCGUUUUGUAAUCCCUUCGUGAACCAUGGUCAAUCUUUGUACUACUGUUUUCUGCUGUACCGUUGUAUUGGACAGUUUUUAUCAUAUAAUGAUGUGAAUAUAUUAAAAUAUGUUUCAUAUACACAGUCGAUGUCAAUUCCAUUACAUUUUCCCAAUUUUGUGCCAGUAAAUCUUUUUUAAAUGACUCUGUCCUCACUCGCCUGUACUUGACAUUCUGCUCUGGCAAAUUUCUUAGCUGGGUGCCGUUAUAAACUGUA